AUGGCAGAACAAUUGCAGCGCCCCACGGACAAAGCAGAGAUUUACUGGUUUUCCGAGCAGCCCUACGGGCACGUCACAAACCAGGACCUGGAGAAAUAUGAUUCGGGGCGGCUGGGCUUCCCCAACACCCACUUUGACCCCGAGAAAGCUCAUGUUCUAUACAACCAGUACCACGAGCAAUACGCGUUGGCCGACGAGGUAGGGUUCGACGGAAUUAUGAGCAACGAGCACCACGCCUCAUACUGGUGCAUGAAACCAUCGGUUAACCUGGAUGCGGCGGUGAUCAGCAAGCUCACCAAGAAUGUCAAAAUAGCUAUCCUGGGCAACGUCAUUGCCGUCAACGACCCGAUUCGAAUGGCCGAAGAGAUAGCGAUGCUCGACUGCUAUUCCGGCGGCCGGAUAAUUUCAGGCUUCGUGCGGGGCACGGCGGUGGAGACAUUGCAGGCGGGCAUCGCCCCGCCGGAAAACCGGUCGCGUUUCGAAGAAGCACACGACCUUAUCAUCAAGUGCUGGACCACUCCCGGGCCCUUCCGCUACGAAGGGCAACAUUACAAAUACCGGGUUGUGAAUCCCUGGGUGCUGCCGGUGCAGAAGCCCCACCCCGACAUCUGGUUCCCGGGGACGGGCAGUCCCGAAAGCGUGGUCUGGGCGGCGAAACAUCGCCACCCCUACAUGAACCUGGGCGCCCUGGUGGACACCACCGAGUGGUUGCGGCAGGUCUAUAUCGACACGGCCAAAGAAGAAGGGUACAAGGCCGGGCCGGAACACUUCGGUUACCUGCUCCGGUGCCUGGUGGCCGAUACCGACGAGAAGGCCAUAGAGAUUGGCCGGGAGUUCAUGUGGACCAUCGAGCACCGGCAAAGGGGGCCCAUGGAGCACAACGACCCGCCGGGCUACCAGUCCCGGGCAGCAGUCGAAGUGAAGGCCCAGCGCCCCACAGGCAACGUAGCGGGGGCCGGCGGCCUGGGCGUGGGCCUCAGCUACGAGCAGCUCCAGGGCGUGAAUAACAUCAUCGUCGGCAGCCCGGAGACGGUCACCCGAAAGCUCACCGAGGUGAUCGAAAGGCUCAGCCCGGGAUACGUGCAUAUCUAUGGGAACGAAGGCCACAUGGCCCACAAGGACGUGAUGCGCUCCGUAGAACUCCUGGGCAAAGAGGUAAUUCCGGCGCUCCACGAAGUCAAGCUGCGGCCUUACGAGUAG